ACUGUAUUUUAAGACGAAAAUGGGGAACAAAAACUUGUGUUUGUGGCCACUGGAGCUCAGGAGAGGAGAGGACUUUCGUGCCUGAACUUACGACCAAUGAAGGGCUUCGCGCCGCUGCCGCUGCUGCUGCUGCUGCUGUGCUUUUGGCAGCUGCAGGAAGGCGUCCAGGCGUGCACCUGCUUGCCGGAGCAUCCCCAGGAGGUGUACUGCCGAUCAGACGUCGUCAUCAGGGCAAAGGUCGUGGGAGUGUCAAAAGGCGGACCGGGUUUUUUCGACUCGGUGAAGUAUCACCUCGACCUGAUCAGGGUGUUCAAGGGCCCUAAAAAAUAUUAUGACGCCAUCUACACGGCGUCCAGCUCUGCCGCAUGUGGAGUGUACCUGGAAGUCGACGUCGAGUAUCUACUCAUGGCCAGCCUUCGGCCCGACGGCACCCUGUUCAUCUCCUCGUGCGACUACUUUCAACCGUGGAAGUCUUUGACCACCACUCAAAAGAAACUGUUGAAGCACUACCCCAAGGGCUGCGCCUGCACGAUCACACCCUGCUACUCCCUCCCGUGCAUCCCCACCAAGAGGACCGAGUGCAUGUGGUCCGACUUCGCGCCGAUUAAGCCGGUGCACGGCAAUCAGGCCACAAACUACGCUUGCAUCAAGAGGAAUUGGAAAGGCUUUUGCGUCUGGAAAAGCCCGAAGGUCUUCGUAGACAUCAUCUCAGCCCGUGACGUGGACUAAAUGCGAGGUUGAUUAUCUUGCUGGUGACAAUUCAGCACUUUCUGACUUCCGAGGCACUUCUGUCAACUUCUGCUACUUUUCUGCUGCACACGCGAAACAAACAUUAGCUAACCUGCCAACUUUAGCGCGUUACCACUGAAGAUGCUUCAUAAAUAUUUCAGGAUGAUGAUAUCUGUGUUGCAUUUUUCCUUAUCGAAAUCACGCACUGAACUCAAUACCUAAU